UUACGAGGCAAAUAUAUUCAGGAGGAUGGGUUCUCACAUUCUUGAAUAGUCCUUUAGACAAAUUGCUCUAUGAUUGCUUCACUCUUUCCUUUUUCAGGCUUUGAAAAAUUAGCCUCAAAAGACUCUAAUUCUAUAGCAGAUAUUCUCUCUGGAGUCUGGUGGGUUAACAAAAAAACUGUCAGAGCUACAUUAUGGUCGAUCGCUUCUGAAGAGCAAAGGAAAAUGGGGAGAAGGAGGAAUACAAAAAAGAAGGAAGAAAUAGCAGAAGAUUACUGCUUCUUUUGCAAAGAUGGUGGAUUGCUCAGGGUCUGUGACUACAAGAAUUGUCUUAAAACUUUUCAUCCUCAAUGUGUGGGAAGGGAUGUAUCUCUGUUGGAGAGUGAAGAACGCUGGUUUUGUGGUUGGCACUAUUGCUUCAUUUGCGGUAAACCUGCCAAAUUUCACUGCUUUUGUUGUCCGUCUGCUGUUUGUGGAUGCUGUCUUUGUGAUGCUGAAUUUGCAGUAGUCAAACAGCAAAAGGGUUUCUGCAAUACAUGUUUAGAGCUUGCACUGCUUAUUGAAGACAAGAAGGAUGUCAACUUCAAUGGGGUGAAGAUAGACUUUAAUGAUAGAGAAACAUAUGAAUUCUUUUUCAAAGGCUAUUGGGAGUUGGUGAAAGGAAAGGAAGGGUUAACUUCAAAACAAGUGCAUUCUUCAUAUCGCAUGUUGAAGGAUGGUAAAAAUUAUGAUUUUCAAGUAAACAACAAUUAUGGAGAAGAAGAUGCCAGUGACUUUGAAGAUGAUGUAUCUGACUAUGAUGGUUUGAGUGAUAACCAAGUGCAAUGUAGGAAAAGAAAGAAAGGGAAGCUGUCUCUGACUGCAGGAAAGAAAGGAAAACAGUCUCUGACUAAAAGAAUGGGAAAGUCAAGGAAGAAGGAAUUCCUUGGAUGGGCAUCAAAGCAACUUACAGAAUUUCUUAUGUCCAUUGGUAAAAGUGUGAUGCAAGAAUUGUCUCAGUAUGAUGUUGCUACUGUAGUUACAGAAUACUGCAAAGAGCACAAGCUGUUUCACCCAGAAAAAAAGAAGAAAGUUAUUUGUGAUGAAAGGUUGCAGUCUCUUUUCGGGAGGAAAUCAGUCAACAGAAAUGGUAUUUAUAAGCUACUGACGGUUCAUUUUGCAGAGAACUUGGAGCAAUCAGAGGAUUCAGUUGGAUUUAGUUCGAAAGAAGAUGAUGAUAAUAUUUUAGUGCCUUAUAAAAGGCAUCGACAGUUUGAGGAAAAGGAAAUAGCUCCUAAUCCAAGGCAAGGUUAUUUGGCAGCCAUAGUUUCUAGCAAUAUAAAUCUUGUCUAUCUGAAGAGGAGUUUGGUACAGGAGCUAGAAAAACAACUCGACACAUUUCAUGGUAAAAUGAUGGGAAGUUUUGUGAGGGUAAAGUCAGACCCAAAUGACUACUUUCAGAAGAAUUCUCACAUGCUAGUGCAAGUUAAAGGCUUAAAGAAAAUUUCAAUAAAGGAAGAGAUGAAUUCUAUAAUUCACUUGCAAGUUUCUAACGUGCUAAAUGAUGUUCCUGUUUGCAAGCUAUCAGAUGAUGACUUCACUGAGGAAGAAAUGGAGGAUCUAAAUCGGCGAAUGAGAACUCGCCUGCUUGAAAGGCCAACUGUUGUGGAGCUUGAGCAGAAAGCCAGAAGUCUACAUGAGGAUAUAACAAAACAUUGGAUUAUGAAAGAGCUGGCUCUAUUGCAAAACCAGAUCAAUCGGGCAAAUGAGAAAGGAUGGAGGAGAGAACUCUCUGAGUACAUGGAUAGAAUGCUACUGCUUCAGAUGCCUUCAGAACAAUCACGCUUAAUACAUGAGAUUCCAGAAGUGGUUGCUGAUGUUACGGGGCCUGAACUUGCCUGUAAGGACUCUCCUAGAGGAGAGAAAGAAGAACAUAAAGCCUCAUCAGAAUCAGCCCUGAGAUCAUUUCCUAGAAUUCAAACAAGUAUUUUGGAGAACAAUGGAGUUUCUUGUUGCCAGAAUGAUGCAAUGGAUGCUGCAGAAGGAAAGCAGCAACAUGCGAGAGCAUUUAUUUCUGAUGAUCAUUGUCAUCACUCUAAAUUGAUUCCUACUAGAGUUGAGGGUGAUGAAACAGAGGGGAAUCAAUUUUUUCAAGAAUUAAAACAAAGCUGUCCUGCAAGAUCUGUUCCUCAGUUAUUGCCACAAGAAUCCUUUGAUGGCCAAACCAGCACUGUUUUUCAGGAAAAGCAACAUGGUAAUGCUGCUGGGGAAAAGCAAAAUCAGCCACUGGACAUUGCUGGACAUGUAAAGCUGGAAACCCAAUUUGAAGUGAUUGAAUUAAGCGAUGAUGAAAAACAAGAUGCCAGUGCAAUGAACUGGCAAACAUUCAAGGAUGUGGAUCGCUCCAUGUGGUAUUGUAUCAGUCCACGAGGUAACAUUAAGGGCCCUUACUCUAUGAAAGUGCUUAAAGAAUGGAACGAGUCUAGCUGUGGUCAGUUACAAUUCAAAGUUUUGAAGAAUGGUCAGAGACCCGAAGAGGCAGUUCUUCUGACCGAUGCUAUUCAGCAGAAUUUCAACAGCUAGUAAAGGAAUAUCUUUUGCGGUCUGGGAAACAUACCAAAGGCACAAAAGAGCAAUAACAGCAACUGGAGUGGAGAACAUUAACUUUUGCUAUUAACUUCAAAGAUUUUUUAAUGUUUAUAGUUUGUUUUAAAUGAUCAACAACAAAGUAAAUUUUGACUUCUCAGACUGAACGAAAAACUAGGCUUGAGCUUGUCCAAAUUCUAGUGUCUUUUUCUUGGAAUUGAAAAUGAUAUGUUUUGCUUUAACCCCAUUUUUCCCUUAUACCUCUACUACUUGAAUUAACUUAUCAAUUGAGCAUGUGGCUGUGGCUUAGCUAAUUGAUGCACGAUCCUUGUUUA